GCCAAAUUCAGUAGCUGUAUUUAAAAUUUCCCGAAAUUUAACCAACCCCCUGUCCGUCUAACCUCAGCCACUCAGUUCGUUGUUCGUUACCUUUUCUCUUCAAUGGCCUUCUUCACCACCACCACCACCACCACCAGCACUGCCACCUCAACUACCUCCUUCAACCUCCAACCAUUCUUCUUCUUCUUCAAACCCUCUAUCUCCUCAUUCUCCCCCAUCAACGGCCUUGCCAAUUCCGCUUCAUCAUCAUCAUCAUCAUCAUCCACGGCCUCUUACAGCCGUCGAUGGUACAACCCCAUCCGAAGAAGAACACAAUCCCAUUAUCGCUCCUCGUUGGUUCGACAUUGGGUCGAAGCCGAUCCUCCGAUUCCAUCUCAUCAAGUGUGCGGGCCAGCUUUCACACAUCUCUCGGGACCUGAAGUUAACGACUGGGCAAAUCUCCCGUGCCCCGAAGAAAGAUUUAUGGUUGUGUCAUAUAACAUAUUGGGGGACAGAAAUGCUUCAAAACACAGAGAUUUAUACCCAAAUGUUCCUUCAAUUUACAUGAAGUGGGAUCACCGUAAGAGAAUUAUAUGUGAAGAACUCAUAGGAAGGAAUCCAGAUAUAAUCUGUUUGCAAGAGGUGGACAACUAUUUUGAUGUCCUGAACAUUAUGCAGAAAGCAGGAUAUAUUGGUUCUUACAAGAGACGCACAGGAGAUGCCGUUGAUGGUUGUGCGAUAUUCUGGAAAGCUGAUAAGUUUCGGUUAUUAGAGGGUGAGAGCAUUGAAUUUAAGGGAUAUGGUCUUCGUGAUAAUGUUGCUCAACUCUGUGUUUUUGAGAUGUGUAAAGCUGAGUCAAGAAGACUUGUAAUUGGCAACAUUCAUGUGCUUUACAACCCAAGCAGGGGGGAUGUUAAACUAGGACAAAUUCGUUCCCUCUCGUCAAAGGCACAUAUCCUAUCAGAAAAAUGGGGAAAUGUACCUGUUGUGUUGGCCGGUGAUUAUAACAUUACUCCUCAGAGCGCAAUAUACAAAUUCUUGUCAUCAUCCGAGCUGAAUAUCAUGUUACAUGACAGAAGAGAGAUGUCUGGUCAAAGAAGUUGCCAUCCUGAUCAAGUUUUUGGCAAUGAACAACAAACAGGAAAUCUGCUUGUUUUGAUGGACAGGUUUUUCAAUGGUUGCUGGACUGAUGAAGAAGUUGUAGUUGCAACAGGCAAUGCAGAGAGCCAAGUAGUUGUUCACCCUUUGAAGCUUAAUAGCUCCUAUGCCACAGUGCAGGGAUCUACAAGAACCAGGGGCUUUGAUGGUGAACCUUUAGCUACUUCCUACCACUCAAAAUUUAUUGGAACUGUUGACUAUCUAUGGUACUCAGAUGGUCUUGUACCCACACAAGUUCUAGAUACACUUCCAAUUGAUGUCCUUCAGAAGACGGGUGGCCUUCCAUGCAAGAAAUUGGGCAGUGACCACUUGGCCUUGGUUUCUGAGUUUGCCUUCACGCCCAUCAGAGAAGACAGUGUAAACAACACAGCUUCAGCCAUUAUCUCAGCCGCCAACUUAUCAUCUGAAGAAGAAGAUUCAUUAGUUUAAUUGGUACAUGGUUUUCUAUAAAACUAAUGUAUUAACUCAAUCUUGGUGAGAAUACUAGAAAUAUGGUUUGAUGUGCUUUUGGCUUGAAGGACACCAAUUUUUGUUUUACCUUUUAUUCGUUUUAGUUUCCCAAGUGUAAGCCAAUUUUGAGACAAUUCUUACAUUUUGCACUAGAAUUAAUUUGUGGUGGCAAUAUAACAUGUAGUCGGUAGAAUUCUACUCUUAGUGUAUAAUCAAUGAUCAGCCAUAGUUUGGGUUGUAAUUAUCAAUGAUCUUAUGUAAUAUGAAUACACAAGGUCAGCUGAAUUUGGGUUGUUUAGUCACUACACAAACAUAUAAUGGUGUCUGAGCCAGGAUUACCACACUAUAAUGUGAAAGACAUGCCAGGAGUUUCUUUUCCUGUGGCUCUUCA